UUACCGUCCGGACCGCGUAACCGUCAUACUCUAGAAGCUCGCGAAGUGUUGUGGUGAUGGGGAGGUAGGUGCCGGGUUCGGUACCAUGGCGUAGGCAUGGUGAAGGCAGCGGUAGUGCUGUUAGUUUGUGGUGUGAUGUAUGUGGCGUGUGGGGCAGCGGCUCCGGCGGAGGUGGCCGACGAUGGGUCUCAGAGGAGUGAGCGGAGCGCCAACCUGAGUCACAUCACGGGGACGGCCAGGAAGAUCAGGAUGUACGUGAAGAACAGGAUACUGCAGAUUCUACCGGACGGAACAGUCAAUGGGAGUAAUGAUGAUACGUCUUACUACUCAAUACUACAAAGACAGUCCGUAGCUGUGGGACAAGUCAAGAUACAGGGUGUGGCGACAUGCAUGUACCUCUGCAUGGACCCUUGUGGCAUCGUCUACGGAUCGAGGGAUUUCGGAGAAGAGUGUGUAUUCAACGAGAACAUAGAACAACAUCACUACAACGCAUAUUCGGCCACGAAGUAUUCCAACCAUCGUAGGACGGUCUACCUGGCCCUCAACAGGAGGGGAAUGCCCAGGAGGGUGCAGAUAAAGGCGAAGUCCCCGCUGGGGAAGCUGAGUACGUACACGAACGUGCUGACGCAGACGGUGGCUGCUGACGAGGUGGAGGCGCUGACGAGGCGGCUGAUAGGGGCUCUGCCAGGGGGGGCGUCAGCGGCGACGCACCUCAGGCAUCACCAUCAGCUGUGUCCCCCAGCGCCUACCAGGGCCCCGCACACGCCGACGGAUCUGGAGCGCUGUCGGAAACGGAAGAAGCGACGGAAACGACGAAGAUGUCGCGAAGGAGAAGAGGAGAACGAGGACUGCCACAAGGGGAAGGUGGUGAUAGCAGAAGAGGGGAAGAAGAGGGUGGUGGUGAGAAGAAGGUGUGAAGAAGGGGAAGGGAAGUGUCAGCAGAAGAAGCAACUCAUGAUCGGACGGAAACGGAAGUCCCGACACGAUACCAAGCGACUUCUUAGGCAUCUUCCACAUCCGAGAGGUCACCCGAGGAGUGAGGAAGAGGACUCCGAGGAGAUCCAUGACCACGAAGACCUCCAGGUCCACGAUGACCACGAAGAAGCCGAAGAGGAAGACACCACCGACCACGUCGACACGAACGAUUAGUGUAUAUAGUAUGACGAUAGUUUCCAGUGAACUACUUGACUGCGAUUUUUGUACUCAUUUGUUAAGCUUAGUUGUACAGUUAUUUGUAUAUAAUGUGUCUGCUUCCCCAACUCGUCUGCAUUUUGAAUUUGAUUCAGUGAAUCCCGGUGAAGUGUACGUCUUGAGGCAGCUAUGUUGACCAUAGUUGAUAUUUUCAGGAUAUUUAUGAGCUUUCAUUUUUAAAAUCUUUAAAAAAACCUAAAGUAAAAAAAAAAAUCAAAAUGUGUUUGUCAGAACACUAAAGGACACGUUCUUUUAGGAUUGUAUGUGUUUCAUAAUUAAUCGAUUCAUACAUAAAUUAUCCCAUUACAAUUCUUGAUUUUUUUAUGUUUAUCUCAAAAUUACGUGUAC